CCAAUGGGGAUCACACAGAGAACCAGCAGACAGGACAUUCUGAGAGGGAGCUUUGCAGAAACUGGGUCUUGCACAUACGACAAAGGAGCCCAGAUUGCAGCUAUCACCCGAGGUCCGAGGUCUGAGUUGCGAUAUCAUGGAUAUCCUUCACAGCUGGGGGGUUGAGCUGACCAGUCAUCUACAGACCAGAUACAGCAAGUACGAGGGUCUGUUCAGCCUCGCCUCUGCCGUGGCCGAUCUGCACACCACGUUCUUCUGCCUGUUUCCCGUGUGGUUCUACAUGCGCAAGGACACAGGGGUCAGGCUAAUCUGGGUGGCUGUCAUUGGAGACUGGCUCAAUUUAGUGCUAAAAUGGGUUCUUUCCGGAGAGCGGCCGUACUGGUGGAUUCAUGAAACCCAGUUUUACGGAGCAGGAAAGGCCCCAUCGCUGCAGCAGUUUCCCAUCACAUGUGAAACUGGACCAGGAAGCCCUUCAGGUCAUGCUAUGGGUGUAGCUGGUGUGUGGUAUGUGAUGGUCACCGCUGUGCUUUCAAUUGCAAAAGAAAAACAAUGCCCCUCUUUUUUAUACAGCUUGCUGCAGAUCAGCUUGUGGACCUUAAUGGUCGUGGUGGUGCUGAUCGUCUGCAUGUCCAGGGUUUUCAUGGCGGCUCACUUCCCACAUCAAGUUGUUGAGGGGGUCAUCACAGGCAUAGUGGUUGCUGAUAUGGUCUCCAAGAAGAAAUGGAUUUACAGUGCCAGCAUGAGCAAAUACCUCCUCAUCACCCUCUUCUUGACUUUCUUCGCUAUUGGCUUCUACCUGCUGCUUAAAAUUGUAGGAGUGGACCUGCUUUGGACCCUAGACAAAGCCCAGAAAUGGUGCCUCAAGCCAGAGUGGAUCCACCUGGACACCACACCCUUUGCCAGCCUCCUACGCAACAUGGGUAGUCUGUUUGGUCUUGGACUGGGACUGCACUCUCCCUUCUACCAUGGGGUCAAGAAGAACGCAAAUGCUGGUUUCAAGAUGGGGUGCAUUCUGAUCUCCUUGUUCUUGCUUCAUCUCCUGGAUGGGUGGACCUUUUCUUCAGACAACCACAUGACUUUCUAUAUCCUAUCUUUUGGUAAGAGUGCUUUUGCACUUUUAAUCCCAACCACCUUAAUUCCUUGGGCUCUUUGUAGGAUUCGCAAAGGAAUGGAGUUGGAUAAGAACUUGUGAAUAAGGAACUAGUUGUUCCAUAUUUGAAAGAAAACUGGGGAAACAAGUACCAACAUUUAAUCGGUGAGUUGCUUAAGCUGUACUGGAGACAAAAAUAGGAACCAGCUUGUGUUAUUAAAAAAAUACAAGCAAUCCAAGCUUUCAUAAACAAGCGUACCUUUUGAUAAACAGAAGCCAAUAUUUUACUUCAAAAACAAAGUACCAGUGUCAUUUCUAGUUGCCCUUAGGGCUGUGAGCCUAAUUAUCUUUGAAAUACUUUCCUUGGGCCUUAAAUGACAUUUAAUCAAUAUUACAGCAUAUUGAUUAAACAUCCCAACCAAAAUUUGAGCAUCUGCCCCACAUUUCUGCACCUGUCUACUCGCUCUCCCCUCAUCAGGAGGAAUUUCAAAAAUUACCCUGAUAAGCUGAGAUAAAAAGCUAACAUUGACACAGGCCUAUUUUUUGUCAAUUUGUUGUUGAGGCAAUAUCUUCAACAGUUUAUUUAGCAAAAAAUAAAUAAAUACUUGAAAAAAAAUACUUUGAAAUUUCAGUGGAGGGGAACUUACGAAUACCCUAACAAGAAAAAGUAGGAGCUAUAACUUAAUUAAUUUAGAGUGUGAAAGGGGCUAAACAUAUUAAUUUGUGUUACAUCCUUAGCCACAGAUAGAGAAGCAGUUCUCUACCACAGGCCAUUUGCAAAGCAAAUCUUAAUGCAUGUUUACACAUUUUAUACAGACAUUGUGCAACAACUGAAUUCCUUUAUGUCAAUGUAUAUCUCACACAAAAAGUCCAGAUUUCAGUCUGUGAUUUAAUGAAUUGUGAGCUUUUUCUACAAUGAUAGCAACGACUAAAAUGUUUUCGGGAUGACAACAGAUUGCUUUGUGUAAUGAUUUGAACUCUGUGCUUUGGUCAUUAAUACUGACAUCGAGAGGUUAAAUGUGUUGCUGGUAUUAGAAGAGAUAUUGGAGAGAUAUUAUGUUUUAUAGAUCUUAUAGACAAUACUUUUAUAGUGUGCAGUCUCACUGAUUCCAGUUUGUAUCCAUUUCAUGCAUCUGGUGCAUUUGAAUACAAUAAAUGCGAUUCUGUUUUGUGCCAUUAGCUGUUACUAUUUGGUGAAACAAUAAUGUUGGAUGUUUUAUUUGAGCAAGCAAUAUCCAGUAUUUUUUAUGUCUCAAAGAAAAAUUCAACACCUCUUUUUUUUUUUUAAACUCCUGCUCCCAUUAUGUACUCUCAUACAUAAAUGACAUGCGAGUCUCGUCGCAUGUCAGUGUCAUCAACAUGUUAAUAAUCGUCUGCCAUUUUUUUAACAGAUUGUACCUUCGGAUUCAUUUUUAUAGAUCACAUUUUUACAACCUUGUGUGACUUUAGGAAGAAGAUUCUUUUAAGGGGGACUUAAAAUGUUUUAAUGAUGAGAACAACAAUGAAUGACAGAGAGCUUUGAAAGUAAAUCGGUCCCUCAGAAUAUCCAUUUGCACAAAGAGUUCUCCACGUCUAAAAAUGGCCGUGGUCAACUGACAGUUUUCUCCAAAUGUUUCAGACUAACAGAGUAAUUCCCUGGUCGGAACAACCAUUAACCAUUAACCAGAGCAUGCUCCCUCCACCCUGCAAUCGCACACAGUGAUUCUGCCUUUCCCCACAGCCACUCACUCGUCAGACAGACGGCAGGUCAAGGGGCAGAAAGUGUUGUGUGCUUGGGGAAAGCAAGGCAGACAACACGUGUGUCACUUUAUACUUGGCACUCGGUAACCUACAUUGUUCAGAGGAUACACUCAAGAUACUAAAAUCAGCACGAUUGCAGGGGUCAUUAUUACUGCAGGACACCUUUGAUCUGGAACGUCACUGCCUGCUAUGUUCUUUAAACUGCUGCUGAGUUGUAGGUCAUUAAUGACAAAGUUGCACUGAUUAGACAUGCAAUCAGUGCAACUGAUCACGUCAGUUGCACUCAUUCAUUCAUAAUAGGAAAAUAUGAAUGAGAAUAACCACACAUUGUAUUGAUAGCAUUGAACGUUUUGCACCAGUCUUAGUUUUAAGACAAGCAGUUUGAAAGCACAGUUCACACCUGCAACUGCCAUUUAAAAUGGUUUAAAAAGAUGCCCGUAGUUAAAAAUAUUCACUUGAGAUGAACAUUUUUCAAAAACAUUUACACAAAUCCCAUUAAUUGAUUAUAUUAGAGUUUCUUUUUAUGAUCCAUUUUUGAAGAAACAGGUCAGAUAAUUUAUAUCUAUACAUACAGGAUCAGAUAAUUGGACUCAUUUGGUGGCAAGUUAGGUGUGAACAAAAUACUUGCAUAUUUCUAGGUGAUUUUUUUUUUAACUAUGGCAUUAUGAUCAUCAUGAGUCCAUGUAAACUUAUCAUUGUAAAUGUAAAACAGUUUUUAAAUGUUUCAGCAUGCAAGGGUUGUGCUAACCUGAAAUCAAGAAAGAAAUAAAAUCCCAGAAUUUA